AGGUUGUUGCGAGGGAGGAAUUGAGCGCGCACGUUUGUAUUUUUGAAGUGGGCCUAGGCCAAAAGUAGGGAAAUGGCGGGGGAAGUGAAAAACUACCUAUAUUCAUGGUGUGGAAAACAGAAAAAAGGGCAGCCAGUUUACGAAGCUAUUCCGAAUGGACCUCAAAGGUUUAAUUACAAGCUUACCAUCCAGGGGAUUGAUUUUGUUGCACAAGGCGGUGCAACCAACAAAAAGGAAGCAGAGGCAGCAGCUGCAAGAGAAUUUCUUAACUACCUUGUUGACAAUGGACAUCUGGCAGCUAAUUCAGUUCCACCAAAUCUUCUGUCAGGCCAGCGAUUUAGUGUUGGAGUGAACCCACAGCCACUUCCAAAUUCAGUACCUACACCUAUGUCAGCUACCUCUCAAAGUCCAGCUGCAGCCCCAUCUGCUGUUGAAAAUCAGAUCCAAAGACCAGCUCCCCCUGCAAACUUUCAGCAACCAGCGAUGUCAUCAUAUGGAAAUGAACAAAGAGAUUACCAUUAUAAUAUGUAUGAUAGGAAAAGAAGAUUAGAGGAUCUUGAUGCAGAAAGCGUUGAUACCAAUUCUCAUCUCCAUGGCAACUGGACAUUGUCAAAUGCAAAGGCUCGGCUGCAUCAGUUCCUUCAAUCAAGGCGAUUGUCUGCGGAUUUCAAAUACUUUUCUGAAGGCCCUGAUCAUGCAAGAUUUUUUACUGCUGAAUUGCAAGUUUUUGUUAAAGAAUUUAGAAGAACAUUGACUGCUCGUGAAUCUGGUUCAAAUAAGAAAAUGGCUGCACAGUCCUGUUCUUUGAGCCUCGUUCGUCAGCUUUUUCACAUGGGUGCAAUAGAAGCCGCUACACCAGGACAAGUCCAACCGAAAAGGCAAAAGACAGAUGAGAUUCCACCCUAUAAUGUUCAGCUGAAUCCGGAAAUAGCUUUUCAACUAGACAAGGUCGUUGCAGAGCUUGGCAUUCAACCUAUACCCAAGCCAGCAGAUGGAGAAAAGGUGUCAUUGGUGCUACCACGUAUCGUUGCGAAACACAAAUGCUUGGAAGGUGGUACAACAGAUGGAGUCAUCAAUUGGGGGCCCCCUGAUUCAAACUGGAACCCGUGGAUAAAUCAACCAGUGCUGAUCGAAGGCGCUGAAGAAUACCAAGUGCCGCCCCCCACGGGCAGGGAACUUAAGCAAGAGUUUGAUGUUAAGUUCCAAGAAGAUUCUUUCAAUCAACUUCUGGAGAAACGGAAAAGCCUGCCUGUUUACAAUUACAAAGAACCUAUACUUGAUGUAGUCAGGGCACACCAAGUGGUCAUCAUCAAGGGGGCAACUGGUUGUGGCAAAACGACUCAGAUACCCCAGUAUGUUUUGGAUGAGUUCAUCAUGGGGGGAGAUGGAACAAACUGCAAUAUUGUCGUAACUCAGCCAAGGAGAAUCAGUGCCAUCAGUGUUGCUGAAAGAGUUGCAACUGAACGAAUCGAGCCUUUGGGACAGUCCAUUGGUUAUUCUGUCCGUUUCGACACAAUUCUUCCCAGAAGCCACGGGUCUAUUCUAUUCUGUACAGUUGGUGUACUUUUGAGAAAGCUCGAGUCUGGGAUAUCUGGAAUCUCACACAUAAUCAUCGAUGAAAUUCAUGAAAGAGAUAUCAAUACUGAUUUCUUGCUGGUUGUUGUCCAAGAUAUGGUUACUACUUACCCACAGCUGAGAGUCAUUCUUAUGUCAGCAACAAUUGACACAUCUCUAUUUGCUGAUUAUUUCGGCAAAUGCCCUGUCAUGGAAAUAGAGGGUCGCUCGUAUCCUGUGCAAGAAUAUUUUCUGGAAGAUAUCAUUCAGAUGCUUGGUUUUGUGCCCCCAAUCAAAGAGAAAAAGAAAAAGAGAGAUGUUGACGUCGAUCUUGACGAUGAGGAAAACAUGAACGCCGUAUGCGGAGAAGAGUAUUCAAUAACAACAAAGAAUUCAAUGGCCCAGCUGAGUGAGCGAGAAACAUCAUUCGAGUUAUUAGAGGCUUUACUUGGGUACGUUGCUACUUUGAACGUUCCUGGCUCUGUAUUAGUUUUCCUUCCUGGCUGGAACUUGAUCUUCGCAAUCCAUAAGUACUUGACACAACAUCCUGAGUUUGGUAGCAGCAAAUAUCUUGUUCUUCCUUUGCACUCACAAAUACCCAGAGAGGAUCAAAGAAGAGUCUUUCAACCUGUUCCUGAAGGAGUGCGAAAGAUUAUACUGUCCACGAACAUAGCUGAAACCAGCAUUACAAUUGACGAUGUUGUUUUUGUUAUUGAUUCAGUCAAAGCAAAGAUCAAGCUGUUUACUUCACAUAACAACAUGACAAAUUAUGCAACUGUUUGGGCAUCAAAAACAAAUAUGGAGCAAAGGAAGGGGCGAGCUGGUCGUGUUAGGGAUGGUUUUUGUUUCCAUUUAUGCAGCAGAAGCCGGUGUCAGAAACUUGCUGAACACGCAACACCAGAGAUCCUUCGAACACCGCUGCACGAAAUUGCACUCAACAUCAAACUCCUGAAGCUUGGGGGUAUAAAAGAGUUUCUUAACAAAGCUAUUGAGCCACCGCCUCUUGAUGCUGUGAUGGAGUCAAUCGCAAUGCUAAAGGAAAUGGAAGCCUUGGAUACAGACGAGACACUAACUCCUCUGGGAUACAUUUUGGCCAAAUUGCCUAUAGAGCCGAGGUUUGGAAAAAUGAUUGUCCUGGGCUGCAUAUUCAGUGUUGGUGAUGCUGCAUGCACCAUUGCUGCCAGCACAUGUCUGCCGGAACCAUUCGAAACACCCGCGGAUCGCAAAAGACUCGGCUGGAUACACAAAAAGUUUGCUGGCAACAGAAGCAGUGAUCAUUUGGCCCUUCUCAGCGCUUAUCAAUCAUGGGAAGAUGCAAGGUCUGUUAGUGAAGAUGCGGAGAUAGGUUUCUGCCAAUCCCAUCAGCUAAACAUGUCUACCCUGCGAAUGACAUCAGACGCUAAGAUGCAAUUAAAGGACCUUCUUUGCAAUCUAGGUUUUCCAGAUGACUGCAUGCACCCUCAACCUUUCAAUUACAGUGGGCCUGAUACUGCACUCGAUCUGGUGACAGCCUUGUUAUGCUUGGGUCUCUAUCCAAACUUCUGCAUGCACAAAGACAAAAGGAAAGUGUUUACUACUGAAGGAAAAGCUGCUCUUAUUCACAAAUCCUCAGUCAACUGCACUAACCGAGAAAUCACUUUUCAUUCACCCUUUUUUGUUUUUGGCGAAAAGAUUCGCACUAGAGCAAUAUCUUGCAAGCAAAUGUCAAUGGUUUAUCCUGUGCAAAUGUUGCUUAUGAGCGGCUGCCAAACUGAAUCAAGUAAUGGAAUUGUAUCUAUUGAUGACUGGAUCUCAUUGGAGAUGCCACAUGAGCAGGCAGCAAGUAUAGUUGCAUUACGAAAUGCAGUUGAGGAGAUGAUGAUUGAUAUAGCAAAUGAACCACAGGCCCUUGUUUUGAAUCCUGGAGCCAAAUAUGCAGCUUUAUGCUCAUUGAUAAGGGCACUGUGUUGCUCUAAUGCCGGGAGAUACAGGCAGCCAGCACAUGGUGGGAACAUGGAUAACAGAGGCCAUGCUUCUUCUGGAAGAUCCACUGGCUCCUUUCGUGGCAGGCAUUUUAGUCAGCAGUAUGCAAGACCAAGGGGGUAUCAAGGACCACGGCACUACCGAGGCAGAGGAACUGGUUUCAGGCCAGAUAAUUUUUCCCGUGGUGGCUUUCGCGGAGGCAGAGGUAAUAUGCAAUUUGGAUACAUGAACCAAAGAAUGCCGAACCCACGUGGCUCCUAUUAACGGUCUACAACACCUCUCUCUUCAAAAUAUAUAUACAAAAAUUAUAUCAGACUGCUAAGCAUUCAAGGACGAAGGGCGCAUUUGAAAGAUGUUGUGGUACAUUAAUUUGAAGGUACCCUUACCAGACCUGUUUCAAGAAG